AUGAUCAGCACGUCUAAACCCCUGGCUUUCUCCAUCGAGCGAAUUAUGGCCAGAACUCCAGAACCAAAGUGUGCCCCCUACCCGAAUCUACUGCAAGGAGCGGUGGCCAAGGGCGAACCAAAGCACGUGUUCCACCUGAAUUCUUCGGUACCUUGCAUGAUCCCACUCCUGUCCUUGGCUUAUGAAAACAGCUCGAAGGGUGGCCUGCCCGGCGCCGAGCACCGCAAAAGCCACCUGGAGACUUCCUACGACUGCAAUCACUUGGUCAACUGCGGCUUGUCGUCCAAAGGGGACGUGGCUAGUCUCUCACCGCCACUGGAGCAGUACCGGCUCAUUCGGCCACGCGUGGUCAACCAAUCGUCCUUUCACGCCAUGGGAGCUCUAUGUUAUCUGAACUGCGGCGAUGGUCCAUGCCCUCCUCCAGCCGCCGCCACCAUCUUCAACGUGCACCCAAUGGCUUCCUAUCUGUUGGGCUCCCCCCUCGGCGUGCUCGGCGAUAAGAACAAACUGGGGAUGGAAAGGUAUCCGACGGCUUUCAAAGACCUCACUUCGUCCCAACUCCAGCACUGCGUGAAGGAGAACGCGCACUUUCUGUCGGAAAAACUGGCCCUGAAGAAUUCGUCCAAACUUAACAGCAGCUCCCCAAACAGCAGACCCAAAGUUUUCACCUGCGAAGUGUGCGGAAAGGUUUUUAACGCACAUUAUAAUUUAACCCGUCACAUGCCGGUGCAUACGGGGGCCAGACCAUUCGUUUGCAAAGUCUGUGGCAAAGGCUUCCGUCAAGCCAGCACCCUGUGCCGACACAAGAUCAUUCACACCCAGGAAAAACCCCACAAGUGCAACCAGUGUGGCAAAGCGUUCAACCGAAGUUCCACACUCAACACUCACACCAGAAUCCACGCCGGCUACAAACCCUUUGUCUGCGAGUUCUGUGGGAAGGGAUUUCACCAAAAAGGUAACUACAAGAACCACAAACUGACUCACAGCGGGGAGAAACAGUUCAAGUGCAGCAUUUGCAACAAGGCCUUUCAUCAGAUCUACAACCUCACCUUCCAUAUGCACACCCACAACGACAAGAAACCCUUCACCUGCUCCACCUGUGGCAAGGGGUUCUGCCGGAACUUUGAUCUGAAAAAACACGUCAGGAAGUUACACGAUAACGGCCCAGGAUCUCGUUCGUCUACCGCAGACUUUCCAUUGGAUGAACAGCCUCGGAAAUGA